GUAAAGUAUGUGAAACUUAUUUAUGUGGGAAUAUUAUUAUUAUCAUAGGAUAUGACGUGAUAUUAUAGGCUACUGUCACUUGCAUUAAUGAGUCAGGUUACUGAACGUAAAUAAACAUACCACGUAACGUCACUGGGAAACACGCUUUCCUUAUUUAUGUUCUUUUCUUUGACAAUGUAACGAUUUGCCUGGUAAUUGGAUAUUAAUCACCUGCGCCUAUAAAUUAAAUGCUGAGAGAGGCACAUUUUUCGCAAAAGUCAUGACGUGCACGUAAGGUUUUAGUCUUUAAUAUGCCACUGUUUCUUUGUUCACGCGCACCUGUUACAUUUACAGGGGCGCGAGAUCAUGAUUCCACCUGGGGAUUGCAUGUAUGCCAGCAGGAAGAGACGGAAGCCGGUUCAGAAACAGAAGCCGGCCGCAGCGAACCAGAAGUCCAACCCCUCCAAGCGGCACCGCGACCGGCUGAACACGGAGCUGGACCGCCUGGCCAGCCUGCUCCCCUUCCCCCCCGACGUCAUCUCCAAGCUGGACAAGCUGUCCGUGCUGAGGCUCAGCGUCAGCUACCUCCGGGUCAAGAGCUUCUUCCAAGCCGUUCAGGAGAAACCCUCCCAGAAGCUCAUAGGUUCCUCAGAAUCCCACAGUGUCGGAGGUCAUGCCCUCCCGGCUGGUUUUGGGGCUCUGGAAAGUGAACUCUUACUGGAGUCCCUGGCGGGCUUUGCUCUGGUGGUGAGCACCGACGGGGUCAUCUUUUACGCUUCCUCCACCAUCGUUGACUACUUGGGCUUCCACCAGACUGACGUGAUGCACCAGAACGUCUUUGAUUACAUCCAUGUGGACGACCGCCAGGAGUUCCAGCGACAGCUCCACUGGGCCAUGAACCCCGCCCAGCUCGGGGCGGGGCCCGACCUCCUCUCCGCGGCGGGACAGGGAGAGGAUGUUUUGGUCAGCAGUCUCUUCAGCUCUCAGGAGACGGACGGCGUUCCCCCCGAGCUUUCGCCUUUUCUCACACGCUGCUUCAUCUCCCGCGCGCGAUGUCUGCUCGACAGCACGUCCGGCUUCCUGACCAUGCAGUUUCAGGGGCGCCUGAAGUUCCUCCAGGGUCAGAAGAGGAGGACGGUCACGGGUGCGAUUCUGCCCCCCCAGCUGGCCCUCUUCUGCGUGGCGGUGCCCCUCCUGCUGCCGCCCGCCGGCGAGGUGAAGAUGAAGGGCGCGAUGAUGAGGAGCAAGCACAGGGGCAGCGCGGUCUCCGCGCUGGAGCUCGGUGAUAAGAGGUAUCUGGGUGCGGGACGGCUGGAGGAGGACGGGGACGCCCUGCUCCUGGGCUGUCCCAGCACCAUGUCCCGGCAGCAGCUCUACCCGUCCCCCUGGGCGCCCCUUUCCAAAGAGGGCGUCCGGUUCCGGGGCGACGAGCUCUACCCCCAGGAGGAGCCCUUGAACUUCUGCAAGUCCUCCGCCAACGGGCCGAGGGGGGGCCCGAGCCAGGAGAGCCCGUGGGCGGGGCGGGGCGCCCUGGGGGCGGGGAGGCACAGGGCGGGACACUACAGCAAGCCUCCCGGUUGCCACGGCGACGGGAGCGACGCCUGCCUGGCCAAGCUGUACGGCGGCCCGCAGGCCGCGGGGGUGUCGGGUUGCCGCGGCGACGGCGGCGGCGUGAAGGCGGAGAACGGGUUCGAGUGCGGGUACGACGGGCGGGGCGGGGCCACGGUGAAGACGGAGCGCGACUCCGAUUCGGAGAACGGCUGCGACCUCUACGGGGCGGGGCCCCACGCCGGCCUGUGGGGGCGCAAGGCGGGCGCCGAGCGGCGCUACGGGACGGGGUACGCCGAGGGCCCCCCGCUGAAGACGGAGGCGGGCUACUGCGAGCUCUACUCCCCCUGCCACCGGGGCAAACCGGCCCUCAGCCCCACCUUCGCCCAAAACCUGGGCCUGGGGGGCGGCCGGCCCCUCAAGUGCGUCCUGAACAGAGACCUGUCCCUGUUCGGCCCCCAGCGGCCCCCGCAGGCCGACGCCCAGUGCGCGGGCCAGGCCGGCGGCUGCGUGGACGCCCAGCUGUACGGGGGCGGGGCCCCGGACCACAAGGCCUUCCUGCAGCAGGACUACAAGCUGACCUACGAGUUCCGGAGCCACAGCCUGGCCCAGUCCAUCAAGCAGGAGCCUCUGGACUCGCCCACCUGGUCUGACGGCGGCCAGGACGUUAGCCACGCUCCCUUACUGCGCAGCCUCAUGCCCAACUGCGUCAUGAGCGCGGUGGGGAACAAGUCUCUCCCUUACGGCUACAUGCAGUGAGCAGGAGGCUGCCCAACCCUAAUUCUGUUUCUGGAGGUCUACUGUCCUGUAGGGUGUCACUCCGACCCUAACAACACAAGUCUCAUUCAAGAGCUAGAGCAGGGCUGCCCAACCCUGUUCCUGGAGAUUUAUCGUCCUGUAGGUUUUCACUCCAACCAAAACAACUCAAACCUCAUUCAACUGCCCAACCCUGUUCCUGGAGAUCUACUGUCUUGUAGAUUUUCACUCCAACCAAAACAACUCAAACCUCAUUCAACUGCCCAACCCUGUUCCUGGAGAUCUACUGUCCUGUAGAUUUUCACUUCAACCAAAACAAGUCAAACCUCAUUCAACUGCCCAACCCUGUUCCUGGAGAUCUACCGUCCUGUAGGUUUUCACUCUAACCCUAAAAAACACACCUCAUUCAACAGGUAGAUCAGAGCUGCCCAAUCCUGAUCUCAUUGGGCUGCACUAAUUAAUAGAAUCAGGUGUGCCAAAUUAGGGUUGUAAUGAAAACAGCAGAUGCACAGGAACAUGAUGAUGCAGUAGAAUGCAGUGCAUUUAAAUACAGUGUAUACAGAAUAGAAUGGCUUGUAUUUAAUCAACAUUUAUCAUUAAAUUGUAUGUAUAAUUAAAUGCAGGUACAGUAGAACUUCUGAGCAACAGACUGGCCACUGAACAGAACAGGGUACAAACACAGAACUAAGCGAUUUCAACUUUUCAAGCUCCAUGUUAUACAAUAAAUAGAUUCUCUUUGUCAUUAAGGCAAACAGGCAAACUGAGGCAAACAGUGGGCAUUAAAUGUUAAUUAGUUACUCUUUCAAUUAAACAAAAAAAAACUGGAAAUAGCCUACACUUCUCUGUAAACCUGUUUGUUGCAUCUAAAAUAUCUAAAGUCAUCCACUUUAACAACAAUAGUGAAACAAAGACCACAGUGCCCUUUUCUGUGCAAUAAAACUUGAUUUUUUAAUACAUUUUAUUGACCCCUUUCACAAAUGCAUUUAUUCAUUAAUAAUGCAGGAAGCCAUAGAGGUUGAGCCGGGUCAUCAGAAACUGCCUGUGCAUCGCUGUUGCCCUGGCGAUGUAUCCUUGCUGAUGUCUUAUUACUGCACAGCGAGAAACUAUUUGCCCCAUUCAUCGGAAUCGGAAGACAUUUUGGUUCAUUUUGACUUGACUUUCACAGUUGUGAAUAUUUCAGUUUUGAAUGACCCCCAUUUCCAGUGGUUUCUCAGGUUCUAUUGUACUUAUUUUUGUCUUCACGGACAGUUGUAGAUGAUAGCUUCUGAACUCCUCAAACCUAUGUUCAUGGAGAAAAUCACAUGAAGUAAACCUUGUCUGUGCUUUAGUUUUAAGUUAGGCUCAAAUGUUGAUUGAAUCUAUACUGCAUUUACAUUAGGAAAAGGAUCAGUUACAUUAUGCAUCAGUUGUCUCCAUUAAUAAUUUUCGACAUAAAAAUGUAUAAUAUGAUUCUACGUUGAUAUGAUAUAUUUUAAAAUAUACUCAAAUUGCCUAAAAUUGUAUUGAUUGAAGAAUUAGUCAGUGGAAUAAUUUCUAAAGUAUGCAUUUUGAUAUUACUUUAGACAUAACAUAGACAAAUAUUUCUAAAAUACAGUAUUUUAGAGCUCAUAAAUGACCCUUUUUGGCCACAGAUUUCUGAUCCAUAAGGGUGGAAACAGAAGUGAGAGGAGCCGUUCUGGUAAAUAUGUGGAUAACUCAGGUUUAACAAGUUUAGUGUUGUAGAUCUGUAAAUGUUUGUGGUGAAAUGUACAUUAAUAUCAUAAUUGUAGUUUUUAUUGAAGCACUUUUAAAGAAGAAUUGCAUUAAGGAUGUUAAGAUUCACGUCAUGUUUGUGUUGUUGUAUAUUGUCUAUUUUGUUAGGAUCUUAGGUAUAAAUAUGUAUUUUGUCAAGGCCACAUUUGUUUGGAUACAAUUUGACCAUUUUUAUGAAAGAACAAUCAUACACACUUACAGAGAGCGAGAGAGGGAGGGAGAAAAAGAGAGAGAGAUUUUAAUUUCAUUGGAGGAUACAUUUUGAAUAAACUGCAUCAUGAUUCAUUAAAGUUAGAUAUGCUGUCCAUUCCUGAGCAGCUUCCAUUACACAACCCCAGAGGAAACCAGCAGAGUUGUGUAAAUGUAGCAGUUAAGAAAACAACCCCAAUUUUCAAAUAACUGAGGUACAGGGGCGGCAUUAUAAGGGCUUACAGGUAACUGUCAUGUUAAAAAAAAGUGCAGUCUUGUUUGUAGACCAGCACAGAUAUGAAAACAUUGAAUCUCCUAUUAAAGUAUACUUUAUUGAGAAACGUCUUUGAGCAAAGUCAUUAGAUGUAUCUUAAUGCACUCAGGCGUUUAUAAUGACAGUGACAAUCGACUGUGAUUUGUACUGUGUGCUUUUUUACUGCCAUAUAAAGUGCCUAAAAAUUCAAUGCGAAAAAAUUAUUCUCAAGUUAAAAUAUAGAGAAUGCCUAUGUACUUUUCCUUUAAAUUAUAUGGCAUUAUUGUUUUACCACUCAGAUGUCAAAAAACAUCUCAGAUCAGCAAUAUCAAGAUACAGUAACCGCCAAACACACACAAAUAUGCACAUUUAAAUAGACACACAUACAUUUAUAAACGAUUUCAGGUUUUAAGAAAUGCAAUGAUCCUAUGCUCUCUCAUUUUCUUUCUCUCAGUCUCUCUGUAAUUCAACUUUUGACAAAAUAUUUCACAAUUUUAAAAGUAAUAGUUCUCAGUUUUGACUUUAAAUAAUGGCACUAGCUUUAUAGAAAAUGUUUAAAUAUAAUAUAGAUUAUAACCUUCUCUUAAAAUCAAAAUCACUUAGUGAGGAAAAAAUGGCUCACGUAGAAUUACAUGAGCAUUUAAAAUGACAAGGUUGAGGCAUGUUUAGGACACAGACACAAAAGUUAAAUUUAUCCUCUGUUGUUUUAUCCUGUGUUUUCUUUUUAGUGUAUUUUAGAGCACUUUUUUCACACUGUUGUGGUUCACAGCCAGUCAGAGUCUGUUCCAUGUGACUGUGUGUUCAGUGUUACUGCUACCUGGAUAUAAUAUUGAGUAAUGUUAUUAACAACUGUAAACGUCUUACUUGCUUGUCUUGUUUGUGAAUUUUUUUUUUAAGUUGUACCGUCCAUUUUAUUAUAUUUAUUUUCAAUAUACUGGCAGAAAUGUUUAUUUAAAAUGUAUGUUUUUAACUUGUGCUAUUUUACAAAAAAAUAAAAGAUAAAUAAAUCA